UUUCAAGCAUCCGAUCUGUUCUUAUAAACUUCAUAAAAGUUAAACCCGAGACAGGGAAAGGCAGGCAGGUGCUAGCAUUUAUCUUCAGUCUCGAUCUCGGAGGUAUAUCUGCUAUCGUACUGAAUGGCUAUGAUGCAGUAAAAGAAUGCCUUGUUCAUCAAAGUGAAAUUUUUGCAGAUAGACCAUCUCUUCCCUUGUUUAAGAAACUGACAAACAUGGGAGGCUUACUGAACAGUAAAUAUGGCAGAGGAUGGACAGAACAUCGCAAAUUAGCUGUAAAUACCUUUCGAAUUUUUGGAUAUGGUCAAAGGUCCUUUGAACACAAAAUUUCAGAAGAGGCUAUGUUUUUCCUUGAUGCCAUUGAUACAUACAAAGGCAGACCAUUUGAUCUAAAGCACUUGAUAACAAAUGCUGUUUCAAACAUUACGAAUUUGAUUAUUUUUGGAGAACGUUUUACAUACGAAGAUACCGAAUUUCAGCACAUGAUUGAGAUUUUUAGUGAAAAUAUUGAAUUAGCUGCUAGUGCUUCUGUAUUUUUAUAUAAUGCUUUUCCUUGGAUUGGUAUCUUGCCAUUUGGGAAACACCAGCAGCUGUUUAAAAAUGCGGCUGAAGUCUAUGACUUUCUUCAUGACCUUAUUGAGCGUGUCUCUGAAAAUAGGAAGCCUCAGUCACCUCGACAUUUUGUAGAUGCAUAUCUAGAUGAGAUGGAUUGCAAUGAAAAGGAUCCAGAAUCUACAUAUUCCAGAGAAAACUUAAUUUUUUCUGUUGGAGAACUCAUCAUAGCUGGGACCGAAACCACCACAAAUGUUUUAAGAUGGGCAGUGUUAUUUAUGGCUCUUUAUCCAAACAUUCAAGGUAAGAAAUUUGACAUUUUGAGGAACCGAUACACUUUCCUAAUGCAAAUUUAA